UCAAUAGAAAAGUCAUCUUCAACUUCUGGGAAUUCAUUCUUGAGGAGCUAUAGAAAACUUAAUCACAUAGUUAUUGUCUAGUACAUAUAAAUCCUAGAGCUCUGCUUUACUGAAUGAAGCUGCAAAUUUCAUACAAGACAUAACUCAUUAGAGAGUAGAAUCAGCAAUUAAAUCACUAUGGGAGAAAGUAAGUGUAGGCCACUUGGAUUCUUGAUAGGGCUACCCUUUGCUGUUCUUUCCUUGGUGUUAUCUGUGGUAGGUGCUGUUAUUUGGAUCAUUGGGUCUAUGUUGAGCUGCUUGUGCCCUUGUUGCAUCUGUUUCUCAGGGCUUGCCAAUUGCGCCGUUGGCCUUGUGAAACUUCCAGUGAAAGUCAUUCGGUGGUUUACUCAUCAGAUACCUUGCUGAUCAACUGCUAAUGGAUUUCCAAGUUUUAAAAUUGAUGUAUCAUGUAAACACUUUUUUGUAUUAUUAUCAAUGAAGUUUGAAAUUUCCAACUUUGCAAAAAUAAAAUAAAAUUGUGUACAAUGGUUGUAUUAAUUUUUAUUUUUUUUUGAAAGGGUUGUAUGAAGAUUUGAACAUA